AUGGUUGACCUAGACGACUUCCGUGAGAAAUCCAUAAAGGCAAAAGAAACGGGUGACUACAGUUACCUUGGAACGGUUCCACACGAUCCCCGCUUUCCAAAUGUUAACCAGACUAAGUAGAUUGUUUUGUGCUUUUGAUUUAGCUUCAGAAAUUGUCUGCAAAAUUUCAUCGAUUUUCACAGGUGCAACAAUAUGUACGGCGAAGAUUACAAACCAUGCAAUUAUUUCAAGUUCGCCUACAAGGAACUGUGUCCCGUGUUUAUGGUAUUUUCUUCUUUAAUUUUACGUUCGCACUAGGUGGAGAAAUGGUCCGAUGAAGUGGAGGAGGGGACUUUCCCCUACAAGUUGGACUAG